UUAUCAGCUGCUGGAGUACCUGUUUUCUCACUAUUAUAGUGGUCUUUUGCUGCGGUGUGCAACUGUUCUGAGGGUACUGUAUAUGUUGGUUGCCAGGAAUGAUAAAAAUUACGAGGUUAUGAUUGUUGCUAGGGUGAGUGCUGGUUUUGUGGAAUGAUGGUUCCUAUAGUGAGUACGAGUAGGACAAUAGUUGUUAGAGGUAGACUGUUUCCUGAUUGACAGGGCGAUUACUUGUUUCGAGGGGGGUUGAUGAUUGCUUUGAUAAGUGCUGGUUACUAGGUGUAUGAUGUUUGCUAAGCUGAAUGCUGGUUGUUAAGCUUGAUUCUGGUUGUUGGGAUGAUUGAUAAUUGCUAGGAUGAAUGCUGGUUCCUGAAGGAAUGCUUAAAGGUUGCUUGGGGGAACUGCCGGUUCCUGAAGGGAUGAUUGAAGGUUGCCAUCGUGAAUGCUGGUUACGAGCAGAAUUCUGGUUGCUUGGAAAAAUUAUGGAUUCUUGGGGAGAUGAUGGUUGCAUGAGAUCUGUUUGUCAAGGUGUGUUAGUUUCUGGAAUAAUUAUGAUCCACAGCGUGUGUUGUUGCUAGGGUGUGUGGGCGUGUUCCUGGUGUAUAGUGGUUGCUAGGAUGAUUGCAGACUGUUAUAGUGCUUGCUGGUUGCUAAGGGAAUGAUAGUUGCUAGGGUGAGUGCUCUUUGCUGGUGAUAAUAAUGGCUGCUAUAUUGAGUGCUGGUUGCAAGCAUGAGUGCUCGUUGCUCGGGCAAUGAUAUUGGUAGAGUCAAUGCUGGUUGCGAGGGGAGAUGAUCACAGCUAAGUUGAGUGCUGGAUCUUUUGGAUCAGUGCUGGUUGAUGGGGUGAAUGAUAGUUGCUAGGGUGCGCUGGUUGCCGGGCGGGUGAUGGUCGCUAGGAUGAGUGGUGGUUACUACGGAGAAUGUUGGUUGCUAGGCUGUUUGCUAAGAAGGAUCCUGGUUGCUAGGGGAAUGAUGGUUGCUGGGGUGUUGGUUGCUAAGGGAGAUCUUGGUUGUUCGAGUUGCCAUGCAGGGCUGUAUAUGCGUGUGUGUGUGAGAGAGAGAGAGAACAGUAGGGGGAGGGGGGUUUGGUGUGUGGUUUGAGGGGUGUGAGGGCAGGCUUUCCGGAAGUGAGUCCAUCCUCCCCACUGCACCCCCUCUCCGCCCCACCUCCCCCUGUUUCCGGUUCCGGUCCCGCAUCCCCAGUGUCGGAAGAUGUGGGGAAGAUGGCGGAGCUGCAGAUGCUGCUGGAGGAGGAGAUCCCCGCGGGUCGCCGAGCGCUCUUGGACAGUUACCACAACCUGGACCGGGUGGCCGAGUACUGCGAGAGCAACUACAUCCAGGCGACAGAUAAACAACGAGCUCUUGAGGAAACCAAAGCUUACACGACCCAGUCGCUAGCAAGUGUGGCCUACUUGAUCAACACCUUGGCAAACAAUGUCCUUCAGAUGCUGGAUAUCCAGGCAUCCCAGCUCCGACGCAUGGAAUCAUCAAUUAAUCAUAUCUCUCAGACGGUGGACAUUCACAAGGAGAAGGUUGCAAGAAGAGAGAUUGGUAUCUUGACAACCAACAAAAACACCUCCAGGACUCAUAAAAUCAUUGCUCCAUCUAACCCUGAGAGGCCUGUCAGGUACAUCAGGAAGCCCAUCGAUUAUGCUAUCCUGGAUGACAUCGGUCAUGGAGUGAAGUGGUUGCUUAGAUUUAAGGUCAGCACUCAGAAUAUGAAGAUGGGUGGGCUUCCACGGAGCACCCCACCCACGCAGAAACCGCCCAGUCCACCAGUGUCAGGGAAGGGCACUCUCGGUCGGCAUUCUCCUUAUCGUACACUGGAGCCUGUCCGCCCCCCAGUCGUCCCAAAUGACUAUGUACCAAGCCCAACUCGCAACAUGAGUUCCUCACAACAGCAGAGUCCAGUGCGGACAGCUUCCGUAAAUCAGAGAACAAGGACAUACAGCAGCAGUGGGAGCAGUGGGGGAAGCCAUCCCAGUAGCCGUAGUAGUAGCAGGGAAAACAGCGGCAGUGGCAGUGUUGGGGUUCCCAUCGCUGUACCAACUCCUUCUCCACCCAGUGUCUAUCCAGGCUCUGCUGGUACCCCUCCACCACCUACCACGCCUAAUCCUACUUCAAUCCCUGUUCCUCCUACUGCUCCAGUACCUGCUUCAACUCAAGGUUCUGUUCCUUCUGCAACCCCUACCCAUGUUCCAACACUGACCCCAGACUCCGUAGCAGGAGCUCAGCCCUUUGCUGAUGGCUUCAUCUCACCAUCUCUCCCUGCUGUCUCUUCCGCUCCUACUGCAGGACACACUCCUCAAUUCUACAGCAUGAAUCGACCAGUGCAGCGGCAGAAUCCUACCACCAUAGGAGGAUCUCUACCUGGCUAUCGGCGGCCACCCUCCAUGACCUCACAGGGUAAUGUCCAGAAUCAAGCCAAUGGGGGCCCAUACUACAGUCAGAACCAGGCAACUGAAUCGAGAGCGCCACUGGCCCCUCCGCCACCUUCUAUUCUGCAGGUCACACCUCAACUGCCGCUGAUGGGCUUCGUGGCCAGAGUUCAAGAUAACAUUUCAGACGGCUCCACUCCUCCUCCUCCUCCACCGGCUGAUGAUGUCGUGUUUGAUGAGUCACCACCUCCUCCCCCACCACCAGAGGAUUACGAGGAGGAAGAGACAGCUGUGGUAGAGUACAGUGACCCCUAUGCUGAGGAGGAUCCACCGUGGGCACCCAAGAACUAUUUGGAGAAAGUGGUUGCUAUCUAUGACUACUCAAAAGAUAAAGAAGAUGAAUUGUCUUUCCAAGAAGGUGCCAUUAUUUAUGUAUUGAAGAAGAACGAUGAUGGCUGGUAUGAAGGAGUGAUGAACGGAGUGACCGGUUUGUUUCCUGGCAACUACGUGGAAUCCAUUAUGCAUUAUGCAGAGUGACAUGCUAAAGGCAGCCCCCCGGCAGCUGCCCCCCUUCCUGCUGGUGCACUGUCGCACUCUGUGGCUUCCUGUCACGCUGGAAAAGGAACAAGCUGAUAUGAAGGAUUUGAGUAAACGACACACACAAAUAAUGACCUUGUUAUUCAACCAGGAUAGAGUGAAGUGGCAUUGUCUCUCAGGAGUUUGUUAUUCCUGCUGCCGGUGUAGGCUCCAGUGACUGUUGAACUCCAUUGCAAAAUGAGCUCUUUUUGUGUCUGUCUCGUGCGUGCGUGCAAGCGUGCACACACUCAACUCUCUCUGACUCCCUCUUCUGUGUAUUUCUAACAUGUACUGUCAUGCAUACAUCCCUGUCUUUGCCUCUCUCGCACACUACACGCUGGCACUCUGCCCUUCUCACACUCACUGCUUUUCUGAACUCUCACACAUAAACCUCUCUGUUUCACACGUGCACGCACGCAGUUUUUCUCUCUGUCUCCUAUGCACAAAAUCAUGUAAUGCAGUCAUUCCUGGUGUUAAGGGUUGACCGAUACAACCAUUACUACAGGGCAAGUCCCUUGCCACAUAAUGGUCCAAACAAAAUGCUUCUGUGAUUAUGCUUCCAUAUUCUGAAUUAAGCUGUCCAACCCUCUAAAUGCAAUCUGCAAGGAAAUUCUCAAAGCAGACAUUCUUCAAAAGCUCAAGGUAGUCAGCUGGAGAGUGUUUACUGGAAGCAAUAUUUUUAGAGUGCUGUGUUGCACAGACCUGUACAGGGUAUUCUGAAGCACAGUUCAUGCCUGUAUCCUUGGGUUGGUUGGCAGUCUGGCUACCAGCAUUUCAUUAAAUUUUGGCAAGUGUGUUUGGUUCUCAUCUGUAACUGAGAGAAACCACUGUAAGUACAAUUCCAGAUUCAACUGUUCCAAACUUGGGUCAUGCCUGGAGAGAACAAUUUAUUCUCGAUAACAUUUUGGUACAAUACACUGUGGAUACAGUCAUUUCACUGUAUUUCAUUCGAGUAGUGUAUUAGUGGGUACCGCUAUGUCAGUGUAUAACAGAUACAGUACUGGUGGAUACACAUGUGUCACUGAAUGACACUGGGAUGCUGUAUUUGGCAGAUAUGUGUUUGUCGCUGUAUAUCACUAGGGUACAUUACUGGAGGGUACAGAUCUGUCACUGUACAAUACUGAUCUGAGAACUGGUGGAUACAGUUCUAUCACUGAAUCACAUCAGAGUGUGUUUUCGUGGGGAACAGGUCUGUUAAGCAAAACAGUGGGGUGCAUUACUGCUGUGGACAGGUCCAUCAACCAACAUACUGGAGUGCAAUUCUAUGGGUAAGGUCUGUCAACUAUAACACUGGGGUACAAUACUAGUGGGUAUAGAGAUAGGAGAAAGUUCAUGGAAAUGAAUAUUAUAUGAGAAGUAUACUAUAUUCUAUUAUGUAUCUGAUUGUGUAUUUUGCACAGUGUUCUUGGUUGAAUAUGUUAAAUAAUAUUGAUAGCACUCCCAGCUGUUACUGCUGUUUUAGAGUCCAGGAUUGCUUUCAUAUUUAUUCUAAUUCAUUGACCAGUAUUUCUGAGCCAAGUUAAUACGAUGUACAAGUAGAAUUAGUGUUACCUUUUUUCAUGAAUGCUCAAGGUUUUAAAUUAUCCUGAUAUAAUUUUGACAUUUCCCAGUGUGUAUCACUGGGGCAGGAACCAAAAUAAGAAUGAGUUUGUAGCCAAGCUGCUAGGGCUUAAAAGGCUUCAUUUCUGCAAAAAUACAGGUAUGUUUUGGUCACUAGAUUGAACAUUUCACCUCUUUAUGGUAGAAAAAAAGUAGAAAUAGGAGCAGCAGUAGGCCAUAUGAUUUCUUGGUUCCGCUCUGCCAUUAAGUUUACUAGGCUGAUGGGAUCCUGAGCAUUAUAAAUAGAAGUGUAGAAUACAAAAGCAGGGAACAUGUGAAGAAGCUCUAUAGAACCCUGAUUUGGCCUAAGCUGGUGUGUUGUGUCCAGCACUGGCAAAGCACUCUGGACAGGGUGCAGAGAGAUUUGUGAGAAUAUUCUGAACUGAGGGUCUUUGAUUGCAAGGGUAGUUUGAAGAAGCUGAGAUUGUUCUUCUUGAAGGGGCUGGGGGAGGUUGGAGAUGUGGUGGAAGUCUUCAGGAAGAGGAGUCUAGAUCAUGAAAUUAGAGAAAUGUUUCCCAUUGGUAGGGAGACUAAGUGAAUGGCAAAGAAAGUCAGUUAUAUGAUUGGUUAUGUGUCAUAACUAUUCUAUUAUUACAAAUUGUUCAUCUUACAACAACACUACUAAAAAGCGUAGGGGAAAUGUAUCUCAGGGUUUUGAAGUGAUAUUGUUGACCCUCAGCGAUUAAUUUCACCUUAAGGCAAACAAACCUAAGGCUAGUAUUGGAUAGAUGAAAAAGCAGGUCAGUUCAUUGGGAGUAAAAUACCCUGGCUGAAAUUUGCCAGCUUCUGUCUUACUCUAUGCAGCUCUAAGUAGUUUUCAGCGCAGUCAGGAAUAGGUAGCUACAGUCAGCCUAGGGUUGCUAUUCCUGUUCAACUCCUGAUUGACCCUGUUAGAAUGUGUCUGUAUUGGCAAAGUAGAAGAGGAUGGAGGUUCAGGAAUUGAAAUUGAAUAAAUGGACGUUUGGCUGUUUUGCAAACUGAAUGCUUGUCGAGAUCUAUGAAACAGCCAUUACUGAAGUAUGUUUCAUCAUUACAGAUUAUAGCAACUAAUUGGGAAAUGGAAUCAGAUCUUGUACCUGAAUUCCUGAUUCUAAGUGGUUAUUUCCUGCAUUCAGAGGGAGAAAACUGCUGAGAAUCACACAACAACUUGUGCUGUUGGGGAGAUCAUCCGGAAGUUAGUUGGAGUUAUUUGGUCACUGCUCCAUUAUGAUAUGUAGCAGUACCAUUUCUUGCAGAAUGCCAACACGAUUUUCCUGGAAUCUUAGAUUAGUGUCCAGGACCACAUCUGAUCAGUUCAGAGAAAAGUUACAGGUAUGUUGAACAUGUUAACCUUCGCGUGACAUGAGUAACCAAGAUUUUGCUCAUCUUUUGAGGUGAAAAUACUAAAAAGCCUCACUUAUAAGUGGGUAGAGUUGAUAUUCUGGCAAAAAGAACUAAUGGGCUCAAAGUUGUUCUUCAUCAGAACUGAGCUUGUAAUCUGAUUUUUGACUUCCAUAAUUGCUCUAAAUUUUUAAGUAGCAAUUUUCAAUUUCCAGAUUUCAUAAUCAAUACCUUUGGUGAGAAUGGGUGCAAAAGGCACUGGCAAUAUGUGUGCAUUUAUGUCUGUCUAUUGCACACCAUAAUAAAUAUUAAAUGGGCAGAGUUAAUUAUGGAUAGUCAGUGUGCAUAUUUGAGUAAUAAUAUUUGUACCUUAGCCUCAUUUUUCAGGAUAUUGGAAAUCUUAAAAGAUAUGAAACAACUGCCUGAGGGUGUAACUCCACUAAAACUCCCAAUACUUUAUAAAGUGAACAUGGCUGCCUGGCCUUGUAGUACUGGUCCCUUCUGUUGUAUCGGUCUACCCUUUGGUUUCUUGUGUAUCAUGCAGUACUAAUGUAUAGAUAUCCUCACUGGUUUUAUGCAUCAUUUUGUAAGAUUUUAUUUCUUCCUUUGGGUUGGCUAAGACGCUGUGUAAAGAAUAUUGACUAGAGCCUGAUGUACAAGAAUCUGUGUCUGUAAUGUUUGAAUAGACUGCAUGCUGUAAUCCCUGUCCUGAAGCUUGCUUUUAUUUCUCACAUUGUCCCCCUUUUAAGACUAAACUUUGUUAUUUCCUUUUGCAGGUGGACAAGAGAUGUUUUGUUCUGUAUGCCCCAUUCUGGCACAGGAGUGUAGGGUUUUUAGCUGUGUGAUGGAGCAGCAACUUGGGACACUGCCAAAUGCCCCCAUCAUCGUGCUGCCAAAUGCCCCUUCAUUGAAGUGAGCACACAUUCCAAGGCAAUAAAUCUAGAAGAAACUUGCACAGUGGCACUGAUUUCUUCGUCAAGUGAGCAUUUUGUCUCCCUCCCAUUUUUCUUGGAUUUCUGAUUCUCCCUUGUUGGACUAUACCUGUCUGUCCAACCCCCUUUCUCCAGUGCGUGACUUCAAUGCUUUGUUUGAAAAGGGGUCAGAAGAUCUUUUGUGUGCCAGCCUUCUCCUUGAUCCGGUACUGCUUUCAGCACCCUCCCUUCACUGCUCCAAGAGUUUUAUUCAUUAUUUACUCCCUGUGGGGGUAGUAAUGGGGUUCGCAUUCAUGGCUAAAAUGCUAAGAUUCCCAAAGUGUGUCAGUAACAGUGGUCACAUGCCAGAUUGAAUUGUACCCCAUUGAUUUUGACCUGGGUUGAUUUGACCUCAGUGUAAUGCUUCCUGGUCUAAGAAGGGUUUUCAUUGGGUUCAUACAGUCAGAGUUCACUUGACUCAGAUGACAAGUGCAUCAGUCAGUAAAGUACAAGAGGCAUUUGAACCAGAAGACACCGAGUUUCUGUUGCGUGAUAGAGGUCUCUGGACUCUUGGGCUAAGGAGGGGGAGUUCUUAAUAGUUGCUGAUUGCUAUCCUGUCACUCCUACCAGACAUUUGCGCAGGUUAGUUAAGGUGAUGGUUACGUGUGCCUAUUCUGCACCCUCAACUCACACACAAUGGGUCAGUUGGGGUUAAGCUGAAUUUCUCAAGGUUUCUGUCCCUUUCAUCCCUCACCAGAAUCAUACAGGAGAGGGAAAAUUUAAGGAUCCAGGAAUGAUCUUUCUGGGAAACUGUAACAAUUAGUUUCAUUUCCCAACUGGGCAUGUUUGUCCCUGUGAUUCAGAUUUCUCGCGUUUAGCACAACCCACCUAAUCAGAAAACACUGUAGUAAGUAGUAAAGGGUAAUUGGUGAAAUUUGGAGAUCAGUGAGAUCGAGCACCACUGGAAAGCCGAAACCUGAAAUAGCAGAUCCCUUAAAAUGUCACAGGUACUGGGAACAGCGAAUAUGUUAGAACUUAGAGGUUUUCAGUUUUACUGAGGUUCUACUGUACUGGUCUGCAGAGCAUUUGGAAACUAUCCAUUCUCUUUGUAAAAAAAAAAGAGAAAAAUCAUGACAUCCUAAGUUGUUGGGGACAUAUUGCUAUCCAUUUCAUAACCAUCUGCCAAUGGCUCAGCCAGUUGCUAGGAGAUGUCUUUUCCCUCCAAAGGGGGGAUUUUAAGAUUUGGGGCAAGUUUUUUACACGGAAGAUGGUUCAUGUGUGGAAUGACCUUCCUGAAAAAGUGUGGAUGUGGGUACUACUACGUUUAAGACAUUUGGAUAAGUACAUCAAUAGGAAAGGUUUGGAUGGAUAUGGGCUAGGAGCAGGUAGGAGGGAUUAGUCUAGUUUGGGGUUAUAUUCGGCAUGGACCGGUUGGAGCGAAGGGACUUUAUCCACACACAUAAAGUGUGUGUGUUGUGUAAAUAAACAGGCUGAAAUGCCAUUUGCUGCAACCAUGCAGCAAUUCAUGGUUGAAUAGACCCCUGAUGCACAGAUGAGAGACAGCCUCCAGUAGACGCCACACAUCUGUUCAAGUCAAUCUAACACAGCCCCUAUGUCCUUCUACACAUUUCCAUGCAGGUCUAACAGUCAACACUGGAUAGUACACUGGAGUGAGCACAACACCUUCCUUGAAGCUAUAAUUCGUUUUUGACUUGAGACAACAAAAAAGGAAGCAGAAAACCUCAGGCUUGUUGGGAAAUUCAGUUUUCUUGUGAUUGGAGAAAUUAAAGAAUUAACACUUUUUAAAAGCAGCAUCGUAGACAAACUGUUAGAGUAAUAGCUAUAGCUAGUAAAAAAAAUUGUUUUCUGUGACAACUAGGAUGAUCAAAAGAACUGUGAACCUAGCCAUUUUUACAAUUAAAUUUAAAUGAGGUAUCAAGGACUCUGGUUUUUCAUGAAAAAUAUAACAACAUCAUCUGCUUUGAACAGGAAAACUACUUAGUGAUUUUUUUGUGCGGAAGGGUAGUAGGAAUUUUGCAUAAGGAAGACCCCAACCAAAUACAUCCUCUGUAAGGAGGCUGAGAAGGUAUGCUAUGAUCCAUUGCUCAUUAAUGCAGCCAGUUCAGCUGAAAAUAAGCUUUGACUGGGUGUGUUGGAAGUUCAUGGUAUGAAGGGUCAGGAGGUCAGUCAACCAAGGGUCCAUGCUUGUUGUAGGGAAGACACUGGUUGAUUUAAUUGCUGGCACCAAACUUAGAUCUUCUUCUUUCUCCUUCUAAUGGGUGGGGACAUGGCUGUAUAUUUUCUGUGCCUGCAAGAAUAAAGUUUUGUGAAUUAACUGUAUCCUGUGUAUAAGAAAUGAAUAAGUUUAAAGGCUUUGAGUCUUAAAUAAUAAAAAGAUGUGACUGGAAUGUUUAAAGCAUGUUUAUAGUGACCUGCACAAAUAUUGAACUUUAUUUACAUAAAAUGUUGCAUGACUGGGUUUUAAUUGAA